UAUACUGAAUACAAGAGAACAGCUGCAGAAUGUAAGUGCUUCUGUUCAUCUCUUUCUAUAGCUUUGAAACUGAAAACUCAGAAGAAGAACUGGAGACUGGCACUGAACAGGGUAAUUCUGCAGUGGUAAUUUGUUAAGAAGGAGAAACUUUGGGGGAGAUAAAGCAUGGCAGGGGCAAAAAGGAGAAAGAAAAGUGCCAUGUGGAGGAAGAUCCAUGCUCUUCGCUGUGAAGAUAUCAAACUGUGGUGUGUAAGAAGGCUGCCUAUUUUGAAGUGGGCACCCAGCUACAAUUUGAAGGAAAACUUGAUUCCUGAUACAGUCUCUGGGAUGAUGCUUGCAAUUCAACAGGUACCUCAAGGGCUGGCCUUUGCUGUUCUGUCUUCAGUCCAUCCAGUGUUUGGUUUAUAUGGCUCUCUCUUUCCUGUCAUCAUUUAUGCUGUGUUUGGAAUGGGACGCCAUGUUGCAACAGGAACUUUUGCUUUAACUUCCUUGAUAUCUGCCAAUGCAGUUGAACGUCUUGUUUCUCCAGCAAGCAACAAUUUCACUACAAGCAAUAAUUCGGGAGUCUUAGGUUUAUCGGAGUUUGAAAUGCAGAGGAUUGGAGUUGCUGCAGCAGUUUCAUUUUUAGGAGGAAUUAUUCAAGUAGCAAUGUUUGUGCUGCACUUGGGCAGCGCCACGUUCUUGUUGACGGAACCGGUGAUAAGCGCAAUGACAACAGGAGCAGCUACGCAUGUUGUGACUUCACAAGUCAAGUAUCUGCUGGGAAUGAAAAUGCCUUAUAUAUCUGGGCCCCUGGGAUUCUUUUAUAUUUAUGCCUACAUAUUUGAAAACAUCAAAUCAGUUCAAUUAGAAGCUUUGCUUCUGUCCUUGGUAAGCCUGGUGGUGCUCGUUCUUGUUAAAGAACUGAAUGAAAAAUUUAAAAGAAAAAUUAAAGUAGUUCUUCCCAUCGAUUUAAUUCUGAUCAUUGCUACAUCCAUUGGCUGCUACUGUGCUGAUAUGGAGUACACCUAUGGGCUAGAAGUUGUGGGACAUAUUCCAGAAGGGAUACCAGCACCAAAAGCCCCAUCCCUGAACAUCCUCUCUGAAGUAGUUACUGAAGCUUUUGGAGUAGCGUUAGUUGGUUAUGUAGCAUCACUAGCCCUGGCUCAAGGCUCUGCUAAACAGUUCAAAUACUCUGUGGAUGAUAACCAGGAGCUUUUGGCUCAUGGCCUCAGCAAUGUGAUUCCUUCAUUUUUCUUUUGCAUACCAAGCGCUGCAGCGAUGGGACGUACUGCACUUUUAUAUAGCACGGGAGCAAAAACACAGGUGGCUUGCCUUAUAUCUUGUAUUUUGAUACUUGUGGUGAUCUAUGCAAUAGGACCAAUGCUAUACUGGCUGCCCAUGUGUGUUCUAGCAAGUAUCAUUGUUGUGGGUCUAAAGGGAAUGCUAAUGCAGUUCCGUGAUUUAAAAAAAUAUUGGAAUGUGGAUAAAAUAGACUGGAGCAUAUGGGUUAGUACCUAUGUAUUUACAGUAUGCUUUGCUGCUAACGUGGGACUAUUGUAUGGAGUUAUCUGCACUAUAGUUAUAGUGAUUUUCCGCUUCCAAAGAGCAAAGACACUGAGUUUGAAAAAUAUGAAAGAAGUGGAAUGUAAAUUCAAAACAGAAGCAGAUUGUGAAUCUUUACAACAGGUAAAGAUAGUUUCAGUGAACAACCCACUAGUAUUUCUGAAUGCCAAGAAGUUCCAUCAUGACCUAAUAAGGAUAAUCCAGAAGGAUAGUGCAAGCACCCAGCCACACGAUGAUCUAAACAAGUGUGAACAGAACACGUUGCUCAAUCCAGUAUCCAAUGGAAAUUGCCAUGGUGAGCUGUCAUUACAGCCAUGCCCCAACGAGAGAUGUGCUGUAAUAUUAGACUGCAGUGGACUGACUUUCUUUGACUAUACCGGAGUCUCUGUGCUUCUUCAGAUUUACAUGGAUUUUAAAAACAGAAGUAUCGACGUGUUACUAGCACAUUGUAAAGAGUCCUUGGUAAAAGCAAUGCAGUACAAUGGAAAUCUAGGAUCGGAAAAUCUUAUCUUCUUUGAAUCUGUUUCCUCUGCAAUUGGUGCCAUUCAUUUAAACAGGAAUUUCAGCAAACUCAGUGAUCACAGUGAAGUGUGAAGUCUACAUGACGCAGUGUGGCUAUUUUGAUCUGCUAACAUACAGAAUGAACUACGCCAUUGCUUUUCCUUACAUCUUUUUUCAUGAGAUCAUGUAGGUAGUAUUUUGUAUGCCAAAUAUGUUUAAUAGACAUCAAUGCUGCCAAAGAUUUCUCUUCAGCUACUGCUGCUGAGAGAGUGUUCAUACAAUGGAUUGUUCUAUUGUGGAUAUAUAUAGUAUUUUUGUACACGUUUAGAUACAAAAUAUUAGAAAGCAGACAUGGGAUAUCAACCUUUUAUUACAGUGAUUUAUAUUGUUUUAGCUCAUUCUAUAGUAACUUAAUUUGUAACGCACAACUAUAGUUUUGUGUAUGGAAGAGUAAGACAUUAUGAACUUUUGCAAAUGAUCUGUAGUCACUGGUGCGGUAUAUGCAGCAUACCAUAUACAAAACCCAAUUUUGUUUCAAAUAUCUGCUUUAAUCCUUUUCUUCUUAAAACCAAACACAUGCAAUAGCAACAUCAUAUUGUAUAACCCUGUGCACUUAACCCAGUCCUGCAUUUCUUGCACACUUAAUUCUUGUAUACUAUUUAAUGCCUAAUGGGAGAUCAAUGGGAAUUUUGGGUGUGCAAAGAAUAUACUGGCUUAGUACAUAUUAUCAUGUCUCCCUCCAGAGACCGGUGCCAGUGACUAUUACAGCUUGCUGUUUUGUUAAACCAAAGGAGUUCUUUAGUUCAAGUGGAAGAAGAGGCUUUUACUUUUGGUUCUAAAGGUCCCAGGUUUGAUCCUCACUGAUGCAUGUGGAGUCUGCAUACAUAUGUGACUCUGGCUCAAUACACAAUCUCAGGCCCAAGAAUAUUAUGGGCCACACUCUCAAUUUUUAUAAAUCCACAUAGCUCCAUUGACUUUAAUGGAACUGCACAAAUUUACACCACUUGAGGAUCUAGCCAAAACAUCAUAUCGUGGAACAGAUUUUCAAAAGUAGGCCUAAAAUUCCACAUGCAGGACAUAUAUUUUAGUGGGCAAAUGAGCAAUUGCCCACUACACAGGUGGGAUAAUGGUGUGUUCAGCUGCCCAGUUGCACAUGUAAAGGUGGGUCUUUGUACAUAGAAGCAGAUGCAUGAACAUUUUUGGGCCAGCAAUUUUGAAAGUUUGGCCUUGUAAAUUCUGGGCCAGAUUUACUGGAGUAAAUCAGUGUGCGCUGGAGUAGGGCAGUGUACAGUGUAAUCUGCCCCUCUGUGAAACUGAGAAAUUGGCCUAAUUUAUUAUUAAUCUUAUGAUUAAAAAAUGAAGUGAUUACUAGAGUGCACUGAUAGCUAUGUGUUAUCUAGUUCCUUCUUGCUAAAAGUAAAUGUUAGUGUCAUUAAAUUAAGUCCCCAAAGCAUUGCAAAAUAAGGCAAGAUGACUCUUUGUAGCUAGUCUGAGGUACCUUCAGUGCUUUAUUUACACUUUACUGAUUUGCUUUUUAGUCAGAAGUACUGAAGUCUGUCUCUCCUAAGAGAUUAUUGGUUCCACAUCACAGAGACAGCACCCACUAUUUAAUUUUCAGGUAGCUCGUUUAUAUUGUAAUGUACUGGAUAGUGUGUAUGUAUAUGAUUGCUCCUUUACUGGAUGGAAUCACAGCUGCUCCACUGUUUGUUAUUGGCGCUAACCUGUUAACAGUUAAAGGAAAUUCUCUUUUAGUUCAAGUGCUGCUGCUUGUUAGGAAUCUGUCCUUCUGGACCGGAAUCAUCUGAGUUCUCUCUCUGUGUUCCAAAUGGCCAUGAUAUGCAGCAUAGAGACAACCAGGAGAAGCGGGGAAGGAGAAGGGAAGAAGAGGGCAACAGUGAGACUAAGGUAAUGCCUUGCUGUAUGCAGUCUUCUUGUAGCUGUGUUGGUCCCAGGAUAUUAGAGAGACAAGGUGAGUGAGGUAAUAUCCUUUAUUGGACCAACUUCUGUUGGUGAGAGACAAGCUUUUGAGCUACACAGAGCUUUUCAAGUCUGGGAAAGAUACCCAGAGGGUAUGUUACUGUAGUUUAGACACCUGCAGCUGGCCCAUACCAGAUGACUUGGGCUCGUGGGGCUUGGGCUAAGGGGCUGUUAAUUGCAGUGUAGACAUUUGGGCUUGGGCUGCAGCCCAGGCUCUGGGACCCUUAACCCAAGCCUCACAACCCUGAGACAGCUGGCAUGGGCCAGCCGCAGGGUUUUAAUUGCUGUGUAGACAUGCCCAGAGUGUCAGAGCUAAAUACAAGAUUGAACAGAUAGCUUAACAUAAGUAAUUUUGCACAUAUUUUAAGGGACCAUUCAAGGUGAAGUGGCCCAUUAGCACCCCUGUAGUCAUAGGAUUAAAGGAGAUUAGUGGGUUACAUAUUGUUGUAAUAAACCAUAAAUCCAGUGUCUUUAUUAAGACCAUGAUUUUUAAUGUCUAGCAAAGUUAUGAAUUUAAGCUCCCAGGCUUAUCUUUUGAAAGUGUUGUGCUGGUUUCCUUUGAGGAUGAGGACUGAUAGGUCAUAUAUUGAGUGAUCGCUUUGUGAAAAAUGUUCACCCACAGGUGAUGGGGUGUUUUGUCUUUUGUCAUUUGUCUUUUAACAACUACGACCCACAUUCGAUAGGGACCUCAUCCUGAAGGAAAUCUUUCUUGAACCCCCCUCUUCUGGCCUGCAAACAACCCCCCUAACCUCUCCAAGCUCAUCAUCAGAAGUAAGCUGCCCACAGACCAGGACACAUCAACUCAAAGUGGUGCCAGACCCUGGCAGAACAACAGAUGCAAAACCUGCAGGCAUAUCUCCACUGCUACAAUGAUCAAUUCACCUUUUAGGAUUCAGGGGUUCUUCACGUGCAUAUCACAACAUGAUGUACCUCAACCAGUGCACUAAAAACCCCGGUAACAACUGCAUGGGUGAAACCAGACAAUCACUACUCUCUUGAAUGAACUCACACAGGAAAAUGAUAAAAGACAAAAACACCAUAUCACAUGUAGGUGAAUACUUUUCACAAAGCGAUCACUCUGUGUCUGAUAUAUCAGUCCUCAAAGGAAACCUGCACAACACUUUCACUUUAUUAUAGAUUAUCAUCUGUCUUCCCCAAGGCCAGCUAACAGGAUGCAGCAGAACUGAGACAUACAUGCUCAUAAGCUUCAGUACAAGACUGCAAACUAGCUUCCCCAAAGUUAUUCAGCUGACUCAGCAGCGUUUAGUGGGUGAAAUUCACUCCUAUUCAGAGGGUCAGUACAAAGUCUAUACACUAUUUACUAACUUUUAGUGGUUUAUUGGCCUUGUGCUGGCCCACUGCACAUGGGUGAAUUUUAUCCAGUAGAAUGAAGGGACUUAGUUAUUGUGCCUGUUGAGCCAGACAGUCACUUUUUCAUAUUCUAGCCUUAUCUGAACACCCCUGAAACACCUGGGGACCUGCCACUAUAUUAGGUAAUAGGGUUUUUAGAUAAGUGAGGUUUGGAUAAAUGAGUUUGUCCUGCAGUCUCAGUGAAGACAUUAUCCUCCGAGGUGCUGAAUUCCCUCAACUCCCAUUCAAAGGCAUUUCAAAGGGAGCUGGGGUCAACAGGCUAGGGGAAACUUCAUGUUUACUAAUAAACAAGUAAAGGAGGCAUAUAAAAAUUAAGCAAGGGAGGCCCUUGGGUGCUAAGCACCUUUAAAGAUAAGGUCACUUAUUUAGUUGUCUAAAUAUUAAUUUAGAUGCCCAACUUUGCAGUCCCAAGUCUCAAAGCAGUAAACUUAGACUUCAUUUAGCUUAUGAAAAUCAGUAGUACAGUAUUUAGAGUUUUGAUAUGUGUCAAUUUAUAGGAGGCCAUUGACUUGUGUUUGUUUUCAAGAGGAGGUUAGUAUUUUCAGAGCUCUUAUAUUUAUUUGACAUUUUGCAUUAAUUCCAAAUCCCCAUAAUUUGAAUUAUGAUUUUCCCCUCUUAGAAUGUGUCCUUCAACACUUUUUUAAAACACAGGUAUCAGCUUCUACUUCUUAAAGCGUUAGCAUUUCACUCAUUCCAAAGCAAAGCAAGUGAAGAUUAAAAAAAAUAGAAUUCAAAACCAAUGUUAAGAAACAAACAUGGUGACAAUUAUAAAUUAGGCAUAAAAUAUGUAAUAAGGGGAAGAUUGUUAACAUUAUAUUUAUGCAAAUUAAAUGGCCUUAAUUUUCAUCAUAUAUCUUUCAUUUUAAAGGUUAUUUGCCCUCAUUCUAUGAUUCAAGUGUCACAAGGUCUGGCUUUAGCUGCUUUGCCAUAAUUUAUUUGACAGCUCUAUAUGCUAUAAAUAUAUAAUGUAAUGAGGAAAGGUAUCUUCAUUGCUUAAUGAAAACCUUAAUGUGUCAAUAGUGUGUACGGAUAUUGUUUGACAUUUACUGGUUACCAAAAUAAAUUAAUGAAUUGUUGAACAUACCGUAUGCCUUGAAAAUAAUGCACUCCUAUGCAGGGAAGCAUACUUCCCUCUCUACAGAAAGUGCUCUCUCAUAAAUAAAUGAAUGAGUGCAGUUCCAGUCUGGAUGUUAAAUGGUGCUUUCAUCAUUAAGAUGGAUUUUUAGUAAAGAUCACAUAAUCUGCACAUUCCCGUACGUUUUACAAUACAUU